AUGGGACAACGACUGGCACUAAGUCUUGCCAUUGCAUUUAUAUCUAAGGUGGAAGCACCGAUGACCGAUCUCGGGCCGCCACUCUACUGUAGAUAUAUCGAUGACUGUUUUGUCCUUUGCUCGACACAAGAGGAAAUGGACAAGUGUUUCAAGUUGUUGAAUAAACAGUCAGAGUAUAUCAAGCUCACCCGAGAGAAACCGAAGGAAAAUUGGCUUCCAUUCCUGAACGUCUAA